AUGCUGAUCCCGCCUACCGACUCGACCAACUCCUCAAUCCUGCUGCCGUCACUCCUGAUCCUCUUGACGUGUCGGCCAGCUGGUUACUGCCAGGAACCGCUGCCUCGUUAUCUUGCUGAACACACUCUGCCGGACUCGGCAUCGCGCGUGUGUUAUGAUGUUUGCUAUCACUUGCUGAAGCUUUAUGCUGAUCCCGCCUACCGACUCGACCAACUCCUCAAUCCUGCUGCCGUCACUCCUGAUCCUCUUGACGUGUCGGCCAGCUGGUUACUGAUGGCCCUCAUCCAUUCACUUGGUUAUGACCGCUUGAAUCCCAUCGUCGGCAAUGCUCUGCAUCUCGCCAUGGCGGCUCACUUAGAAUCUGUGGGGCUCUGGCACUGGGCUGUAUUCGUCCUCAUGUCUCUCAAGGAAGAGAAGUGUCGUGCAAGUGAAGUUCAAUCAUUGUUAAGCCGCCACGUACAAAUCGUAGAAGGCAUUGAGAAAGAAGACGACUCUUUCACAAAACUCCACCAAAAAAUGCUUGCUGCUCGAAACGCGUCUGAAAACAUCAAGGCUGGUGCUAGAGAUGUAACGAACGUUGGCCAGUAUGACAUGGAGAUGACCAACGUCGUGGGUCGUGACCACCCUGAUCCCGCCAUGGACGACGACGUUGGCUUCGUCGACGGCGACGACGAAAUUUCUAUGGACACAGACAUCACUCGACGAGCUCCACGCACACCUUCAGCGGAUGUGAACGCAGAUGAGGUCAUCGAUGACGUAGACGACUCUGUGGUGCAAGAUUUUGGAGACCUUGAUUCAUAUGAAGAAAGGGAGUCUUUCAUAAUCAAUCUUCUCAAAGUACCAGAGCAAUGGAUAAAUGAAUCUAAAGCUAUUCUUGCUCGUUCUCUGGAUAUGUUCGAAGAAGAAGCCUGGUACCUCAUCAAGGCUGGUGAUCUGGACAGAGCCCACAAGCUGCUUAUCGACACCAUUGCUCCCAAUGCCAUCAUUAAUGAGGACCACCAGUAUCUCCGUCGCUUCAUCAUGGCAUUCGAGGCAAGCUCUGACAGCUUAGAUGUGAACGUGUCCGACUGGAAGAUCGGGGGCGCAGUUUACGCUCAUUACCUUCACGUUUUGGAAUGCGUGGAAGAGAUCAAAUCAUCCCAGCAGCCUUCAAAAGACAAAGUCGAGGCAUUGAGACCGCGACUACUAGCGCUCUGCUCACAGCUCAAUAGCCUCCAAACACCAACAUCCAAGCACAGACUCUGUGUGUCCGAAGUUAGCCGCGUCGUAAUCGGAGUGCUGAGAGCUGUUCUCGGCGAUGACUUGGCUGCCACCACUGCUGUGGCUAAACAAAUUGCCUCGCUACCUCUCAGCAAAGACUGCACACUGCAAGAACUCAAUACGUUGACUCGCCAAUACCUUGCGGCUGUCGCAAGGUGAUGUUUUAACCGCAGUUAUUUUUGUCAAUUCAUUUAAUGAUUCAUCUACCGACUGUGUACCCGGUUGUCAGCUAAUUUUAGAGCGUUUUAAUCAAUGCUGGUUUAUUCAGAUCCCGUAAUUUUCAUGUACUAAUUAGCUUCUUGACUAGUUUUUCAUUAGUUUUCUAUAACAUAAUCGAAUCAAUUUGUUGGCUCAAUCCACUGUAGCUUCCAUAUUUUGAGUCUACAUGCGUACUUUCUAUUAUUUUAUCACGUGUUCUAUAAAAGACGUGAGUCGCGUAUAUCCUGACAUACCAGGAGUGUAACUAAUAAUUUUAUCUAUGUUCUCUGUGUUAGAGGCAUGACACAAAUAUUAAACCUUUAAGCAACUUGAUGAAUGGUGGAGUUUCUGAAACCUGAGACAAUUAUGACCCAAUAAUUUUUUCGUCAAGUUUUAUAGACUAAAAUCUCAAUUUAAGUUAUUCGAUGAAGAGUGAAAUCGGCAAUUAGGUCUUGGUACGGCGGAGUAGAGCAUUCCUACUUCUCUUGUGACCUCUGAUUGUUAAAAUACUGUGCUGCAAUGUAAAGGAUAUUUGCUGCGGAACUAAUGUAUCUUCCUGAAAGCAGGUUUGCCCUUUAUCCGGAGAUCCCAUUUUCAUUCAUCGUUACCUCUUGAGGUUGCAAUAAGGAUUAUUUUCGUGAAUGCCUUUCUAAGUUUUUAAUGUGCAGCGUGUAAAUAGUGUGCAGAGGAAAGUUACAGUAAAUGUUAAUCCCUUUUGAUGAAUGCUUUCUGUCCGUCAGGAGGUAUAUAGCUUCCAAGUCCUCCGAUAGUAGUUCUUUUUGUUCUUUUGAACUUAAUUAUUUUCUACCGAAGUUUAUUUUCACGUAUAAUAAGCAGGUUCGGCUUUUCAGAGGCGAUACUCUCAACUGUGAUAUUUAUUGUAGCUCUCCUGACUGCUCAGUGGUCCCUCAAUGACUUGUUGCCCUUCAGGUCAUGCCGUGAUUAUUCUCUACUUUGAAAUUAGGUCUUAAUCACAACGUAUUACGUCUGAUACCAAUCAGCACUUUAUGCGACAUUCUACAUACGUGCUAAGGUUUAUUUUCUGUGCCCAAUUCGAUAUUGAAUAAAAUAGCAUCAUA